AUGUCCCUGACGCUGGGCAGUUCUGCGCACACCUCGGACGUGGGCGCCGCGCAGAGCACCAAACGCCAGCGCCCAAUCGAGAACGACUACUCCAACAACUACCUUCACACGCGCGCGCUCUCCACGCAGUACAUCCGCAACAUCGUGCGCCCCACCGAAGGGUACCCAAAGUUGCAAAAAUUGAAGGAGCUAAAGUCGCAGCAGGUUGCGUCCCAUUGCACGAAGCCGUACGGCGUGCACGUGGAAACCAACCAGAUUGUGCCGACACUCAACCGCUGGGUGAACCAGUACGCGCUCCAGUUUGACGUGAUCAUGAUCGGCGCGCUUGUGGAAAACCAGUUCUUGCUUCCGUUACUCAACCUGUUACCGCUCUACAAGCUUUGCGCAAAGCCCGGGUUUCUUUUCAUUUGGACCACGACGGCCAAUAUCAAGCAGUUGACCGCGCUACUCAAUGGCGACAAAUGGAACAAGAAGUUCCGCCGGUCCGAGGAAUUGGUGUUUGUGCCGGUGGAUGAAAACAGCCCCUACUUCCCGCAGGGCCAAAAUGACGGUUUUUACAGUGACCCUUCAAAUGGCAACUGCCAGUCUCUCUUGAGCAGAAAGCAGUGGCACUGCUGGAUGUGCAUCACCGGUACCGUCAGGCGCUCUACGGACACGGACUUGAUCCACUGCAACAUCGACACAGAUCUACAGAUGGACCUGAAGUCCAAGUCUGCGGGCGAUGAUGGCUACAACAACGCAGUUCCGGAAGCAAUUUACCGAGUCGCUGAGAAUUUCUCCAAUUCAAACAGGCGCUUGCACAUCAUCCCGUGCAAGACAGGUUACAGAUUGCCCGUGAAAAUAAGGAAAGGUUGGGUCAUCAUGCUGCCGGACGUAUUGGUGGACAACUUCGAUCCAGUCAGCUAUGAGAUGCAACUACACGCAAACUCUAUGGUCAAAUACAAGUCCAUCAACUCCAGCGGCAUGCUGAAGCAGGUUCCCCAAUAUUUGGUCCCACAAACAUCCGAGAUUGAAGCACUCAGGCCGAAGAGUCCGGUUUAG